AUGGCUCGUUCCGCCUCUGCUCUCGUCGCCGGCUUUCUCCUCGUCCUCGCGCUCCUCACCCUGGACUUGGCGCAGGGCCAACAGCCCUUCCCGCCCACCGAUCCCUCCGACGCGGAUGCCCUGCACGCUGUGUUCCGGCAGUGGCGACUGGAGGGGGAGGCGGCGGCGGAGGACCCGUGCAUGAAGCGCGUCUGGUCCGGGUCGUUCGAAAUAAACGCGUCUAUCGACUGCAAUUGCCCCGCCUUCAGCUGGGCCUUCAACCGGUGCCGAAUCACGGGCCUGAAUGUGACUGGGUACAGGAAUAUCACGGAGAUCCCGCUGGCUCUCUUCAAUUUGACGGAGCUCGUCUCUCUGGAUUUAAGUAAUAACAACUUGAAUGGUUUAAUACCCCCAGAAGUUGGCAAUCUUUCCAAACUGGAAACAUGGCACUUCAACAAUAACAAUCUCAGUGGAUCUUUUCCUCGUGAAUCAUCACUUUUAAGAAAUCUAAAGUCCCUGUGGAUAUUUGAUAAUAAUGUUGAAGGGCUUAUUCCAGAAUUUAUUCAGAACUUAACCAGUCUCACAGACUUGCGUAUAUAUGGGACGAAACUUCAAGGACCUAUCCCAAAAAAAUUCUCAAAUUUGACCAAUCUAGAAGUCUUGAUGCUUGGUGAUCUUGGUGGCAACCAUUCUUAUUUUGAUGUCAUAGGAGAGUGGGCAAACCUUUCAACGUUAUCUCUGAGGAAGUGUGGGCUCACAGGCCAACUUCCCAAUACUCCCCCAAACUUGCCCAAGCUGACAUACCUGGAUUUGACGUCGAACAAUUUAUCAGGCUCUUUAAGACUAUUGCUUCCAUAUAAGAACUCAAGCUUCAUAUAUAUAGGUGAAAACAGCUUCAGUGAACGCCUGCCUCCUGAAAUUGUUCAACAAAACGUUUCUUUGGAUGUUUCAUACAAUCGUUUUGUUAACGGAUCCCUUCCUACUGUCGUUGCUGGUCAGAAGUGGCCCAUAAAUUAUAUUGGAACUUCAGUUGAUGCCAGUGGAACAGUCAACAGUGAAAUUCUUACCAUCCUCAACUGCCUUCGCAUGAAAGGAUGCAAUGGAAGCAGUGUAACUACAGGAGCAGAUCAUGCAACUUUCGCCAUAAACUGUGGUGGCAAGCAAAUUGAUUAUUCAGAUCAAAUGCCAACUGUGUUCUCGGAAGACUUAACUGAUCUUGGAGGAGCAGGCUUUUAUGUUAACACCACCAGUCAUUGGGUAACCAGUCACGUGGGUUCUGAUCCAUUCAAUAAAUCUGCCGGUAUCGUAAAUAUAGACAAUAUUUUGGAUUCAGACAUGCCAGAACUCUACAAAACAGCAAGAACGUCAACAAGCUCGUUGCGGUACUAUGUCGUAGGUUUGGCUAACGGGAGAUAUACAGUCAAACUCUUCUUUGCAGAGAUAGUAAUAACUGAUGGACCUGGACGGCGCUUAUUUGACAUUGAUAUUCAGAAUCAAAAUAUCAGGAAGGAUUUUGACAUUACUAAGGAAGCUGGGGGUUCCAGAAAAGGCACCAACAUAACCCAGGAAGUGUCUGUUAACAACUCCAUAUUGGAAAUACAUCUGUAUUGGAGUGGACGUGGUACCUGCUGUAUCCCAUAUAAAGGAGCUUAUGGGCCACUGGUGUCAGCAAUAAAAGUUGCCCGUUCCCAAGACCCGACGAUCAGUCCCCCACGAGCACCAAGUUCUGAUUCUGCACGACAGGAUGAGAAGCGAAGAGGAAUAGUUGCGGGCAUUGCUGCACUUUGCAUAGCUGCAGCGGUGAUCUCUUCAUCUGUUGUCUACCUUUGGUGGAAAUGGGUUUCGCUUGUGAAGCGUCCAAUGGCAUGA